ACGUUCUCAGUUAUUUUACACCUCAAUUAUAGCUUGAGUAUGACCAACUUUUGCCCGGCGCCUGCUGACGUUCCGGGUAUGCCGAUUUGCUUCUGCGGACCGCUUGAUUAAAGAAAAGUUGCGUGACCCUAACCAUGCCCAUAAACUCUGGUCGACCACUGGGAAGAUGGCGCCCUCCUAACCGAACGCUAGUUUUGGCGUUCACUGAACAGGCCCUGAAAAAAAAAAUACAAGAGGCCAUGCUCCAACUUUCCGCGGUGGUGACAUAUCGCGCUUGCUCCGCCAACGGGUCUAGUGAUUCAAAAGUUUUCUCGUCGGCGUUUUCCCCUUUCCCUUCCCCCAGUGUAGGGUAGCAGACCGAACGCUCGUCUGGUUGACCUCCCUGCCUUUUCUCUCUUAUGCUUUCUCUCUCUCUCUCUCUUCUCGUCCGCGCAGAAUGGCAGUGGAGCGAGAACGGUGGGCGAACAAGUUCGAGUUCGUGCUCGCCUGCAUCGGCCUGUCCGUCGGCUUGGGCAACAUCUGGAGGUUUCCCUACAUCGUCUACGACAACGGAGGAGCGGCUUUCCUGAUCCCGUACAUCUGCAUCGUGGCCGCCAUUGGCCGGCCGAUGUACUACAUGGAGCUUGUUUUAGGACAGUUCUGCGGCGGUGGUCCCGUCGCGGCCUUCAACUCGAUGCCCCUGGCGCAAGGUGUGGGGUGGUGCAUGCCGUACGCCUGCUUUGGUAUCGCCGUCUACUACAACGUCAUACUGGCCUACGCGCUGCUGUACGCGUACUACUCGUGCUUCGACCCGCUGCCCUGGAGCUCCUGCGACCCGGCCUGGGCCGACAAGAACUGCUACGUGCGAGGCUCCAGAGCGCUCGUGCCCUGUACCCGAGUGGACCGCGAGCUCUUCAAGACGUUCGAGCAUGCCAACUCGACCUCCAAGGACGCCGUGCCGGUCAAGUGGCACGACACGGUGGUUAUGGUGGAGAACAGCACUUACAGAGCUGCCCUCGCAAACUGCACCAACGCCACGGAGCCCGCAACGCAGCAGUUCUUCUGGAAAAACGUGGUCAACCUGAGCGACGGCAUCGAAAACCUGGGCGAGGUGCAGCCCAAGUUGCUCGUCUGUUUGCUGAUCGCCUGGAUAUGCAUCUUCUUUUGCAUCUUCAGGGGUAUCAAGUCAUCCGGCAAGGUGGUGCUGGUGUCGGCCACCCUGCCGUUCUUCAUACUGGGCGCCUUCCUGGUACGCGGCGUGACGCUGCCCGGCGCCUGGAUGGGCCUCGAGUUCUACUUCAUCCCCGACUGGUCCAAGAUACUGGAGUUCGAGGUGUGGCAGAAGGCAGCGCAACAGGUGUUCUUUUCCCUGAGCGUGAGCCAGGGUGUGAUCUUCUGCCUCGGUAGCUACAACGACUUCAAGAACACGCUCUACAAAGAUGUGUACAUCAUAGCCCUGGCCGAUCUGCUGGUGAGCUUCGUGGCUGGCAUAGCGGUGUUCUCCGUGCUGGGAAACAUGGCGUACGUUCUCGGCGAGGACGUCUCGAACGUCGCCUCGGGAGGCUUCGCGUUGGCCUUCAUCACGUAUCCAGAGGCCGUGACCCUGAUCACGUUCCCGCACCUCUGGGCCAUCGCCUUCUUCGUCAUGCUCUUCUUCCUCGCCGUGGACUCCGAGUUUGGCUUGGUGGAGGGCCUCCUAACGCCUCUGAAGGAUGCUUAUCCCGUCCUGCAGGAGCACCUGACGGCGAUGGGUUUCUUAGUCUGCGUCUUGGGAUUCUUACUCGGCAUUCCCAUGACCACCAAAGGUGGCAUGUACAUCCUGAAUAUGCUGGACACAUACAUCGGAGGCCAGUUGCUCUUGUUCAUCGCAGUGUUCGAGUCCAUUUCGAUGUCCCUGAUUUACGGCGUCAAGCGGAUGUCGUUGGACAUCGAAUUUAUGCUCGACAGGAUCCCGGGAACGGCAGUCAGGAUCUGCUGGCAGUUUAUUUGUCCCAUCGUCCUAAGCACCAUCCUGGCGACGCAGCUUUUCACGUACAAGCCGCUGGCGUUCGGAAGUUACGUGUACCCGCAGUGGGCUGAGGGCGUCUCCGUCCUGCUCGUGCUCGGACCCGUUAUCAUCGGGGUCGCCAUCGCCAUCCAUCACCUGCUCAGCUGCGGACUGGACCUGACCAAGGCGCUGCAGCCGCGGCCGGUGUGGGGUCCCCGAGACCCCGAGACCCGUCGCGCGUACGAGAAGUUCCUCGCAGACCGCGGCUACGGUGCGGCCGCGCCGACGGUGCUGCCGCCGUCGGCCCCGGACACGCUCAACCUGCUGCUGCCCCUGAUCCCCCCGGAGGGAGUCCCACCACCGCCGGUUGCAUGGCUGCCGUCGGCCGUGCCGGCAAAGGCGCCGGGAGAUGCUGCUUUUGGCCAGCCCGGAGCUCCGUGGCCGGGCCAGCCAGGCGUCUAGGAGGCCAGGCCUUGGCGGCGGAUCGCUCGAGCCUACGCCUAAAGAAAAAGAAAAAAAAAUUGAGAGGCGAAAUCCAGCUGGGCGCCUUCGAAUGGUCUUCGUUAAUUUCCAGCUCCCACGGAGCCAGUAAAACUGUAAAGUAUAAGCACAUGUUUACGUAAUUUAGUAUGCGUGCCACACGGCGUCAAAAAAAAAGAAAGAAAGAAAGGAACGAACGAAAAACGGGACAACUUCUCAGUGCCUUAAGGGACACUAAUGAGCGACACUUAACCCAUUUAUUCUGAAACGAUCCCCGACUAGCUCUUUCUCCUCUCCAUGAUGUUGAUGUUUGUGACGACGCGGUGCCUUUCCCUUUGUAACGGGUCACCGCAUUUACAGCGGCUUGGCAAUAAAAAAAAAAAGAAAGAGGGAGGGAAGGCGGGAGGGCAGGGUCACAUUAUGGGGCAGCCGCUCACUACGCGUACUUCUGUAGCGUUUAUCCGGACCACCUCCACAGAAUUGCAGCUCUUCAUCUCUUUCGAGGCGCCGCUUGGUUCGCUCUACCGCUCCCCUGUUAGCCCAUGGUUAACCUCCCCACCAUCGCCCUCAAAGCCUAGUGCAACAUGAACGGGAAUGUCUCCUACACACUGUGGGGCUCAAUUUUCUUGCGCUGCAUCACAAUGAGCCGCGUAGUUUCGUCAGCGCCACCGGAUGCGCGACACGUCAGGUCAGGCCGCUCACUGUCAAUCUAUCCUCCGUUGACGCUCCAGCGUGCGCAGUGACCCAGCUCGUGCCUCGAAGAGCAGGCAGCUCCCAGGGCCAUUCUC